UUCCAGGCAAGAUGAGAAAACUAGGUGGUGCUGAGCCGCUGGACCGCCUGAUUUGGGGGUCCGUUUUUCCAGCAGCGCCAGUGAACCUGAAGUGCAGACUCUGUUGGUUUUUUUUUACACACCUUAAAUAAAUUCCCCUUCGCCAGCUCAGGGUGGGGACUGGACAGUCAUAAACUCCAGUGCAGUGAGAUGCCAUCCAGGAAGAAAGGGGCAGUGCUGUGCUGAUGCCACCGUUGUGAAACCAGAGCUGUCCGUCUGCCUCCAUCUUCCUGGAUCCCUGGGGGCUUCUGGUUGGAGAAGCUCUCCACAUUUAUAUCGGGUGAACAGAAGCUGAGACCAGAGCAAUGACCGAGUCCUACAUGAAGAGAUUGUCCUUUGCCCUUCUUGAUGCGGUCACCGACAAGGACCCUGUGGUACAGGAGCAGGUUUGCAGUGCUUUGUGCUCCCUGGGGGAAUUGCGGCCGGCAGAGAUGCUCCGCGCCUGUGAGGAGUACCUGAAGAAGCAUGACAAGCUUGCACAUCCAUACCGCGCCAUGGUCCUGAGGGCCAUGGAAACAGUCCUGAGCAGUCACAUCCACAAGCUGGACAAAGACACGGCCAGUGCCAUCAUCCUUUUGGCCUCCAGUGAGAUGACCAGGACAAAGGAGCUGGGCUGUGACUGGCAACAGGCUGCGAGCAGCGUCCUGGUGGCUGUGGGGAAGCGGUUCACCAAUCAGGUGAUGGAGGAGGUACUCAGCAAGUUCCAGCCUGGGCUCCUGCCACACUGCUCUGUGCUGCAGACUCUCUCCAGCCUCUCAGUGUCCAAUGCAUUCGGCAUGGUCCCCUUCCUGCCAUCUGUCCUGAGCACCAUGCUGCCCAUGCUGAGUAUGGCCAAGCAGGAUGCAAUGAGGGUGAUGUUCUGCUAUGCCCUGCAGCACUUCAGCGAGAGCACCCUAGAGUACCUGGCCAACCUGGACCAAGCCCCGGACCCCACAGUCAGGAGGGACACCUUUGCUGCUGACAUCUUCAGUGCCUACGACAUUCUUUUCCACCAGUGGCUACAGACCCGAGAUGCCAAGCUCCGGCUUGCCGUGGUAGCUGCCCUGGGACCCAUGAGCCACCUGCUGCCCAGUGAGAAGCUAGAAGAACAGCUCCCCAAGCUGCUUCCAGGAGUUCUCAGCCUCUACAAGAAGCAUGCAGAAACCUUCCAAAUAUCCAAGAGCCUGGGCCAGAUCCUUGAGGCAGCUGUGAACCUGGGCAGCCGCACCCUGGAAGUUCAACUUGAUGCCCUUCUGGCUGUUCUGCACUCUCAGGUCUGUGUGCCUGUGGAGUCUUCAAGCCCGCUGGUGAUGGGCAGCCGGAAUGAGGUACUGCGCUGCUUCACUGUGCUGGCGCGCUGCUCACCUGACCGCCUACUAGCCUUUCUGCUACCCAGGCUGGACACCAGUAACGAGAGGCUCCGCGUGGGCACCCUGCACAUCUUGAGGCAUGUCAUUAACUCAGCUGCUGCUCAAAUGGAAGCAAAGAAGCCCUUCAUCCUCUCUUCCAUGAGGCUUCCUCUGCAGGACACCAACAACAAGGUAAAACGGGCAGUGGUCCAAGUGAUCAGCGCCAUGGCCCACCACGGAUACUUGGAGCAGCCUGGAGGAGAGGUGAUGAUCGAGUACAUCGUGCAGCAGUGUGCACUCCCUCCGGAGCAGGAGACCGAGAAGCAGAACCUUGAGGGCGAGGCCCUGGCAGCAGAAGACAGUGUGAGAGCUGUCAGCAUCAGUACCCUCUACCUGGUCAGCACCACAGUGGACAGGAUGAGUGAUGUCCUCUGGCCCUACCUGCUGGAAUUCCUCACCCCUGUGCGCUUCACUGAGGCCUUGACCCCACUCUGUAGGAGCCUCGUGCAUUUGGCUCUGAAGAGGCAGGAGGCAGGGGCAGAUACCUUGCUGGUCCAGUAUGACACCCACACAAACCUCCCAUCUCCCUAUGCCGUGAUCACAAGACUGCUGGUUGUAUCUUCCAGCCCCUACCUGGGCAGUGGGCGAGGGGCGGCCUCGCUACGUCUCCUGAAGGUUCUGCAGCAGAACAUCCACCCUUUGCUGGCCCAGCGGUGGGAGACAGCCAUCACCCUGUUGCUGGAAUAUCUAGAUGAGCACACUGAAGAAACACUUUCGCUGAAGGAAUGGGAGGAAAAGCUUCUGAUGUUCCUGCGUGAAACUCUAGCCGUCAUUUCUGACAACGUGUGGAUUUGCCAGCUGAGCCUGGAGAUGUGCAAGCAGCUGCCAUGCUACAACGGGACACCCCAGGAGAAGAACUUCCUGUAUAAAUGCAUAGGAACUACCCUGGUUGCUGCUACAAGUAAGGAAGUGGUGAGGAAGCAUCUGCAGGAGCUUCUGGAAACAGCCAGAUACCAGGAGGAAGUGGAACAUGAGGGCCUCGCCUGCUGCUUUGGGAUCUGUGCCAUCUCCCACCUUGAAGACACGCUGGCCCAGCUGGAGGACUUUGUAAAGUCUGAUGUGCUCAGGAAAUCCAGUGGCAUCUUUAGCAUUUUUAAGGACCGAAGCGAGCAUGAGGUAGAGAAGGUCAAGAGUGCACUGAUCCUGUGCUAUGGGCACGUAGCGGCACGGGCCCCCCGAGAGCUUGUGCUGGCCAAGGUGGAGUCCGACAUCCUCCCCAACAUGUUCCAGUGCUUCAACAACAAGGUUCUGGGAAUAAAAGUAGAAACCAAGGACCCAACCCUGAAGCUGAGCCUCGUCCAGAGCCUGUGCAUGGUUAGCCAGACUGCCCGCAGCAGUACUCAGCCUGGCUCCUUCCACUUCUCAAGGAAAGCAGAACUGGUGGCACAGAUGAUGGAGUUCAUCAAGGCAGAGCCCACAGACUCCCUGACCACACCUCUUCGGAAGAAAGCCAUGCUCACCUGCACUCAUCUGCUCUUUUUGGAGCCACCAUUAGAAGAGCAGGCACAGGCUGACGUGAUCCAUGGCUGCCUACAUAGUGUCAUGGCCCUGCUUCCUGAGCCUCAGGGAGAGGAUGGUGGCUGCCAGGAGCCCCUGUAUCUGGACACAAUACUUGCCCUUGAAGACUUGCUGACAAGCCUGUUGCAGUGGAACAUGACACCCCAGGGCCUGCAGGUCAUAAUUGAGCACCUGAGCCCAUGGAUCAAGUCCCCACGGGGCCAUGAGAGGGCACGGGCACUGGGUGUGAGUGCCCGCCUGUUGCGCUACUUCCUGGAGCACCUGCAAGUCAGCGCUCUGGUGCCCUUCCACAACCUGGGCCUCCUCGUGGGCCUCUUCUCCCCCCGCUGUGCGGACCUGUGGCCUGCCACCCGCCAGGAGGCUGUGAACUGCAUCCACUCCUUGCUCUACCUACAGCUGGGCUAUGAUGGCUUCUCCCGAGAACACCGUGAUGAAGUGGCCGAGCGACUCCUCCCUCUCAGAGACAGUCUCGUGCAUGCUGACCCUGCUGUCCUCUUCCAUGCCUGCCACAGCAUAGCCCAGAUUAUUGCCAAGCGCCUCCCACCAGACCAGCUCAUCAGCCUCUUGCUAACUAUGUUUGAGGGCCUGGGAGACCCUGACAAGAACUGUUCUCGAGCAGCUACUGUCAUGAUCAACUGCCUACUAAAGGAGCGAGGCACCAUGCUAAAGGAGAAGGUGCCUGAGAUUGUGAGCGUGCUACGUUCCAAACUGCAGGAAGUCCAUGAGGAGCACAUCCUGCCUGCUGUCCAACACAGUGUGUACCUGCUGGCUUCCCAGCACUGUACCACCGUGGUGUCCAGCCUCCUGGGCAGUCCCCUGCCCUUUGACAGCCACACCUGUGCCCUGUGGCGUGCGCUAGCCAUGGAGCCGAGCCUCACUGCGCAGGUCCUGGGGCUGCUCCUGGAGAAGGUGAGCAGGGACAUGCCAUUCAAGGAGAGCCGCGCCUUCCUUCUGGGCAGCACUCCCGACCGAGUAGCCACACUUCUGCCCCUGGCGGCUACCUGUGCACUGUACGAGGUUGUGUCUGCCCCUGCAUCAGGGACUACAGUGCUAGAGCUCUACCCGCAGCUGUUUGUGGCUCUCCUGCUACGUGUGAGCUGCACUGUAGGUGUCCAACUGCCCCGGAACCUGCAAGCCAAGGAAAGGAGGGCCACCAGCACAGCCCUCCAUACCAGAAGCCUUGAGCCCUGCAGCUCUGCGGUGGAUGCCCUGCAGGCCCUAUUGCUCCGAGGCGGCAGUCAGGAUGUGGUGCAGUUAAUGGAGCUGGAAGGAGGCUGGGAAUUGCUCAGGACCUCCACAGGGCAUGAGGAGGGGGUUACCCAACUGGCCAGUGCCAUGGCCAAGUGUGCUGGCCCUCGGCUGCCCCUGGUGACGAAGGCACUUCUGUGUACACAGAGCAGUGUAUAUGAGAUCCAGAGGGUCACUUCCACAGCCUUCCUGGCUGAGCUGCUCAGCAGCAAUGUGGUCAACGACCUAAUGCUUCUGGAGUCCCUGGUGGACGACCUGCUGGCCCGACAGAAGGAUUCCAGUGCCAGCGUGAGACGGCUGGUGCUCCGUGGGCUGGCUAACAUCGCCUCCAGUUCGCCUGACAAGGUAAGGACUCACGGCCCCCAGCUCCUAACAGCUAUGAUCAACGGGCUGGAUGACAACGAUGACCACAGGCUGGUGGCCCUGGAGGCCAUGGUGGGCCUUGCACGACUGCUGAACUUCAUGGAGCCCUGGGACCUGCACUCUGUACUGCUGCACAUGGCUAUCCGCAUCCGGCCCUUCUUCGACAGUGAGAAGGUGGAGUUCCGGACAGCAUCUAUUCGCCUCUUUGGCCACCUCAACAAGGCCUGCCAUGGGGACUGUGAAGACAUCUUCCUGGAGCAGGUUGUGGGUGGGCUGGUGCCCCUCCUGCUACACCUGCAGGACCCUCAGGCCCCUGUGGCCAGUGCCUGCAGAUUUGCCCUGUGUAUGUGUGUCCCCAAUCUGGAAUGUGCCGAGUUGGCCACUGCCUUCCAAAAGCACCUGCAAGAAGGCCGAAGCCUGCACUUCGGGGAGUUCCUCAAUUCCACCUGCAAGCACCUGAUGCAUCACUUCCCUGACCUGCUGGGCCGCCUGGUGAGCACCAACCUGUUCUACUUCAAGAGCAGCUGGGAAGGUGUCCGUGCUGCAGCCCCCAUGUUCACAGGGUUCCUGGUGCUGCAUGCAGAGCCCGAGCACCGGCCACAGGUAGACCUGGAGCAGCUUCUUGUGGCACUGCAGCUCCUGCUGCGGGACCCAGCGCCAAGGGUGCGGGAGAAGGCUGCGGAGACACUGGGCCGCCUGGUGAAGUUCGCCUGAGGCCAACCAGGGCCCCUGCAAGCAAUACCCUCUGCCUGUGCCAGGCCAGCCCUCUGAAGGACCCUCUGUUGGCAGGCGGGGGAGAGGGGCAGGGGCAGGUGCCACCUGGACUCCAACCCCCGCCUCUGAAAGGAAGGUGCUGGACGCCAGAUGGGGCAGGGACAAGUCAGCCUGCCCUAUUUCCCAAUAAAGCCAUUUGCUCCCAAA